ACAGGAGAGCAGCUGAUGGUCCCUGUGGAGGUACUGGAAGUGGAUAACCAGGGAGCCUUGUGGAAGUUUCUGCUGUCCGGAGCCAUGGCUGGGGCGGUAUCUCGCACGGGUACAGCCCCUCUGGAUCGUGCCAAGGUCUACAUGCAGGUCUACUCCUCCAAGACUAACUUCAUGAACUUGCUGGGAGGUAUCCGGAGCAUGGUGCACGAGGGGGGCGUGCGCUCCCUGUGGCGGGGCAACGGCAUCAACGUGCUCAAGAUCGCCCCCGAGUACGCCAUCAAGUUCUCAGUCUUCGAGCAGUGCAAGAACUUCUUCUGCGGUGCGCACGGGUCCCCGUCCUUUCAGGAGCGCCUCCUCGCGGGUUCCCUGGCUGUGGCAAUCUCCCAGACGCUGAUCAACCCCAUGGAGGUGCUAAAGACCAGGCUGACCCUGCGCCGGACUGGCCAGUACAAGGGGCUGCUGGACUGUGCCAGGCAGAUCCUAGAGCACGAUGGCACCCGCGCCCUCUACCGCGGCUACCUACCUAACAUGCUGGGCAUCGUCCCCUACGCCUGCACAGACCUGGCUGUCUACGAGAUGAUCCAGAGCUUGUGGCUGAAGUCCGGCAGGGACAUGGAGGACCCCGGUGGUCUGGUUAGCCUAUCAUCUGUGACUCUGUCCACGACCUGUGGCCAGAUGGCCAGUUACCCACUGACUUUGGUGCGCACACGGAUGCAGGCAGAAGACACGGUGGAGGGCUCCAACCCCACCAUGCGUGGAGUCUUUCAGCGGAUCCUGGCCCAGCAGGGCUGGCCGGGGCUGUACCGAGGCAUGACUCCCACGUUGUUGAAGGUGUUGCCCGCAGGUGGCAUCAGCUACAUGGUGUACGAAGCCAUGAAGAAAACCCUGGGUGUAAAGUGACACACCCUGGACAG